CGACAGCGUUUGAGAAUAAUGAGAUCAAUAGACGAUGAGAAAGAUAAUGGCGUUAGAAAAUGUUGGUCCAGCUUUGAGAGGAGUUUUAGCUCGAAUAAAUGAAGCAGUAGAGAAACGACCUGAGAAUCUUCCAAAAGUGGUACCAAGAUUGGUGGCUGUGAGCAAGACAAAACCAGUUGAAUACAUAUUAGAGGCAUAUGAACAUGGACAGAGAAAUUUUGGGGAAAAUUACGUACAAGAAUUAGCGAAAAAAGCAAGUGACCCCAGAUUACAUCAGCUUAGUGAUCUCAAGUGGCAUUUCAUUGGACAYCUACAAAGAAAUAAAUGCAAUAAUCUAACAGCAAUUCCAAACUUAUUUAUGGUGGAAACAAUAAACUCUACACAACUUGCUACAGCACUAAACAAGUCAUGGGGGAGAACUGACAAUAAAGAACCAUUAAAAGUGAUGGUUGAAGUGAACACGAGUAAUGAAAAAAGUAAAAUGGGUUGUGGCAGUGACGACUGCUGCAGCAUAGUAAACUUCAUUAUUCAAAAUUGUCCCAAUCUAAAAUUCAUAGGAUUAAUGACUAUWGGUCAAUAUAACUAUGACUGGGGAAAACAUGGACCAAAUCCUGAUUUCAUGUGUUUAAUGAGAUGCCAAGAAAAUGUCUGUGAGAAACUAAACAUGCCUCAAGAUCAAGUGGAAUUAAGUAUGGGAAUGUCUUCUGACUUUGACAAAGCAAUACUAAUGGGUAGUACAAACGUCCGUGUUGGCAGUACCAUAUUUGGUGAAAGAGAUCCAACAACGAAAAAGGGAUCAACUGAAUCUGAAGAGAAAACCGCUGCAAACAAAGAUAAUAAAUCAGAGCCUGAAAAAGAUGAAAAACCUGAACUCUCGUCAAACUUGAAAAAACUUGCUUUAGCAUAACACCAUAAAAUUAUAAAAUUUGAUUGUGUAGUUCUAGUACCCCUCCCCACCCCCACCCAUUAAAGAACUUCGAAUAUCCAAGGGGUAGGGGGGCCAGAAAAAAACAACAAAAUUACAGAGUUUUAUGGAAGAAAAUUGGAAUUGUUGGGGGAAGAGGGGUAUAGAUAAUUUCUGGAGCUAAAUGUUAUACAUCAAAACUGUAAAUAAAUAUGUUAAGGCGUAGAAUAAAUUUUCGCCACUAUUGAUA